ACUGAACGACGAAUCGAACGUUAGUCGAGCGCCAUCCACCUCUCUGACAACGUGCGUCACGCAUGGUCUCUUGUACACGCAAACGCGACACUCGGCACAUCGUACUUAAGAAAUUUCAAUACGUUGGAUUGUCUAGGCGAAUUAUAAUCUGUAUUAAAAAAGAAUUUUCUUUCUCAAACAAUUAAUUCUUUCUCUAAAAGGAAAGCAAGAAAUAUCGAAUAUUUUGUGAAAUCCUAAAGUGUUACCUUAGCUAUUUCUCGUAUUAACGUGAAAAGCUCUAUUUGAACAAUGUCUUGCCCAGUGAAGAAUAAUGCGGAGAAUAAUCAUGAUCGAGAUGAUCGGAUCCAGAAUGGCGAAUUAACGAAAGGACCGGCGUUGCACUAUAGCGAAUAUUUGCUUUUAGACAAGGUCUUAUCCGCACAAAGACUUCUCAGCGCCGAAUACGGCAAUCAAGUUCACGAUGAGCAUCUCUUUAUUAUUACCCAUCAAGCGUACGAGCUUUGGUUCAAGCAAAUUAUUUUCGAGCUCGAUUCCGUUAGAGCACUCUUUAGCUUCGAAUCCAACAAUGAGAAGGUAUCCAACGGGUCUUCUAAUGAUCAUUCCGCCAUCAGCCAGGGCAAUAGAAUCUCUCACGUCUUGAACGAGUCAAAAACCCUGGAAAUUCUACAACGAUUGAAUCGCAUUGUGCUUAUCCUAAAGUUGUUAGUGGAGCAAGUUUCAAUUCUGGAAACGAUGACGCCGCUGGAUUUCAUGGCGUUUAGACACUUAUUGUGCCCGGCCUCGGGUUUUCAAUCGGUGCAAUUUCGUUUGCUGGAAAACAAACUGGGCAUGAAACAGGAGGACAGAGUCAAAUCUAAUUACCUAAAGGUCUUCGGGAAAGAUCCUGAAGUCAUCGAGGCGAUCAAGCGAUCGGAGGUGGAACCCAGUCUCAGUACUCUGGUUCAGAGUUGGUUGAGCCGAACGCCAGGACUCGAGACGCACGACUUCGAUUUCUGGGGAAAGUACAAGCGAUCAGUGGAAAAAAUGUUGGCCGAGCAAGAACAAGCCAUACAUAAAUUUCCAGACAUGAAGGAAGACGACAAAGAAUAUAAUUUAAAAAAUGUGCGUUCGCGACAAGAUAUUUUCAACUCAGUCUUCAACGUGUCGCACCACAACUCUCUCGUGUCUCGUGGGGAACGUAGAUUUUCGCACAGCGCCCUUCAAGGAGCAAUAAUGAUCACUCUAUAUCGGGAUGAGCCACGAUUCAGCCAGCCGCAUCAGAUCCUCACGGCGCUUAUGGAUAUCGACUCUCUAAUCACAAAAUGGAGGUAUAACCAUGUUAUUAUGGUACAAAGGAUGAUUGGAGUUCAACAAUUUGGCACCGGUGGCACCUCCGGGUAUCAUUAUUUGAAAUCCACAUUAAGCGACAGAUACAAAGUCUUUCUGGAUUUAUUCAACCUGUCAACCUUCCUGAUACCACGUCACAUGAUCCCGCCGUUGACGAAGCAGAUGAAAAUGAAGUUAUCAAUUGCUUCGUCCGAUUGGACAGUGAACGAAAAUCAAGAAUUGAUGGACUCUUUAGGUAAUUCAUAAAUAGCAUGACACGAAACUUUAUAAAGUUUUAAUAAGUUUUAUUUCUCUAAUAUCACGUAGCCAGUGUAUAUUAUGCACUCACGCUGAUACAAUAAUUAGAUACUGUAUUUAGACGAAUGCUCUCUUUAAGAUUUUUAGCAUUAAAGUUAAAUUUCUGAGAGGUCCAUUUCUAUCAAUAAAUAUACAUUUACUUUAAUUUCGGUUUAAUUUAUUUCAUAUCUUUUUUCUAGAUCUAAGAAUUAGAAAAAAUAAAGAGUAAGUUAAACCGAAAUUAUGUGUAUAAAGUUACUUUACGUUGGCAGAAAUGGACGUAAAAAGAAACUCAAUUUGUGUGAUUUUCAGAAUUAAUUUAUGAUAGCGUUAAAAUAUUAAAAGCUGAAAAUAGUUAGAAUCAAAUAGUUAGAAAUCAGUUAUAAAAAAAUUACUUAUGUGGAUUUUGAUGUAUGGAGUCUGCUAGACAGAAAGAUGUAAGAAAAAGUCAAUGUCUUGAACGGGUUCGCAGUACUGUUAUAAGGAAAGAAAACUCAUACGGCUGUGUGUAACUUUUAAAGAUUGUAGAUUUAUAGCUAUCGCUGUCUUGCAGAGUAACUUUUCUCUUGGAUUGCCUUUUAUCACAGCAAGUAAUUGGUAGACUUCUGACAAAUAGUAUGGAAGGCAUAAUUAACAUCAUCACUCUGUCGCUUACCUGGUAAAACAUUUUAUUAAGUACAAUUUUUUUAAAACUUUUUGAUUUAUUUCGUUAGAAAUUGAAAACGCUGCGUGAUUUAAGAUGCUGCGAUUCGAUUAAACAACUUCGAGCGAGGAGACUUGAUUGGCUAUACCUGCGAACACGUAAUGCUACAGUUUAUUCGCUGUAAAAAUAAAAGCUUACGGAAAGAACAAUUUUGCUAAAAUACAGAUCUGAAAAUAAUUAUGUUGAACCUUGAAAAAUUGAAUCGAAUGUUUAACUUGAUUGCGAGAAUGUUUAAAAUUAUUUACAGCAACGUUAUCAUGUUUGGGCGUCCUAUACAAUUAUUUUGAUGGCUCGACGUAAAAUUAUUUUCUGAUCUGUAUCCAGCUAAAUUUUUAGAUCGGUCUUACCGCAUAAGUUUUUGCCGAUCGCAAUAUAAAUGUAACCUUUGUUACCAAAGGACGUUCCCCACGAAUUUUUAAUGAUAUAAUGCGGUAUACUCGCUCCUCUGUCAUAUCCCACUAUCUGCACCGCGUGAUUCAAGCUGUUGAAUGAACCGUCGCAAUGAUAUUGUAUUACGCCGCCUAAAUAAUUCUGCCAAGAUAUGGCGUUCACGGCAGCCGCCACGGGUCCAUGAGUAACGAGCAGUGUCAAAAGUUUAGUCUCUGCGUCUACAAAGCUGAAACAAACUCGUUUAGUACAAUAUUUGCAAGAAUCGGAGCAUCGGACAGUGAAGCUGUCGUUCAGCCGAAAGUUUUUAGGCUUUUGCCAUUUGUUAACGCCGACCUAAUCGACAAUUUGAUAUGCAUUAUAUAGUAAAAGAAAGAAAGAAAUAUGUUUGUACGAUAUCGUGUAUUUCGUAUGGAAAAGAAAGAUUAUUAUAUAAAUAAUAAUAGUAGUAAGCAGAGCAUUGUAAAUAAUAAUUCACAAACAAAAAAUUUACUA